AUGGAUCCGUGCGGUCGGAUAGCGUUGGUGUCAUUUGUAUCGUCGCUGACAUCACUGGUGCUGAUAUGGCUCAUCAAACUGAUGGUCACUUUCGGCGAUAACGUAAUCACCGAUUGGUUUGUCAUGAUUUUCGUGAGUCACGCACUCAUCACUCACGCCAUACUUGGGCUCCGAUUUUACACGCGUUCAAAGCUAUACUUUCAGGUAUCGUUUAGGGCCAGCCUUUUGGGUGAGGGCUUGGCUUUGGGUUUAUUGGUGUCAACGUUGGGCACAACUAACUGGUCCACCAAUUUUGGCCUCUAUUUAGUGGUGUUAUCGGCCUUUCAUUUCAGCGAAUAUAUCGUCACAUCAAUCAUAAACCCGCGCUCUUUGUCUUUGGAUUCAUUCCUCUUAAACCACAGCAAAGAGUACGGCAUAGCGGCCGCCGCAUCGCUCCUGGAGUUCACUAUUGAGUCAUACUUAUGGCCACAAAUGAAGGCUCAUUUUUGGAUCACAACAUUUGGCUUAAGUCUGUGUAUGUUUGGCGAACUCAUGAGGAAGGGAGCGAUGCUUACGGCCAGA